AUUUUUUCACAAAAACACGUGAAGGUGGCAAAUUGGCAAAUAUGAAGUAGAGUCAAAGAUAUUAUACGAGUAGAGUACAUCAGAAUGGUGUUUUUCAGUUUGUUUAGAAUUGAAAGAGGAUGGAUCGAUUUAAAAAAAACAAGAAUGACAAAGCUAUACAUUAUUCCGUUUUUAUAUGGCAAGAAAAUCUCCGUCAAACUUUCGACAGCGUCAAGCUUCACAGCUGUCAAAUCAGUGACAGAAGCCGAUUCUGCGCGAAACAUCGGCGUAUAUAUUUUAAAUAUAUUUAUAAAUUGUAUAUGAAAAACUAUAAUGCAGGUAAAAUGCCGCAUUGCGAUGCACGCUGUAACAAACACGCAAUGUUUCUAAUACAAACUCGACGCUAAUUAAUUAUAAAUCAAACACAUGUUCAAUCGAUAAACAAACUACAACUUUUUAAAACAUUUUUUUAAAUCUAAAAUUAGUGCUUCGGUAUUUAGGUUAAAGUGUCUAGACCGGGAAUAUUGUGUACUCGACGUUUGUGUACUUAUAUAUUUUUAAAUACAAGCUAUGGCGGUGCAGAAUAAAGUUUUAUACGCUUUUCGAGGUUGGAUAGCAUUUGUCGCAUUUAUGGAUUUAGGAACCGCAGGCCGGUCCUAUAUAGAAAGGAGGUCGUUUCUAAGCAACAACGGCGAUGACCAUUUAGAUGGUGACUUCACGAUAUCCCGGAUGCUGGGCAUGUACUCCGUACUCAAAGCCCUAGCUCUCAUACAUUGUACACUCUAUAUACAUUAUAGACCAGUGGUGUCUAUGGGCUACUGGUCUCUGACCCUGACCAUUAUAUUAUACUUCACCGAAGCAUUUUACUUUCACUCAACUGAUCUUAACUUCUAUGUGGUAUUCCCUUGUGUUUUAAAUAUAAUCACUCUACUAGGUCUAAUAUACCUGCCGACCAAAUUAAAAUUGUUUGGACAAAUCCCUGGCGUGUCCGGUAUGGAUCGCGAGAUAGACGACGAGAAUACUCAGAUCCUGAGACAGAUGGGCAACUUCCGAAGACGGAAGACUGGCAACAAUGUCAAAAAUAAACAUGUCUGAUGUUGCCAGACGAAAAAAUGGAUGGAUGACGUGUUGUGUAAAAGGUAUUUGAGGUUAAGUUAGCUUUAGUUGUCUUUUUUAUUUAAUAAUAAUGUUUUUGUUAUAAUUUGUGAAAUAACUGUAUCACUAAAAUAUA